UGUAGGGACCAUCCUUGCCUUCAGUUCUGCUCGCACGGCAGGACCCCAGCAGGGUCCGCUACAACGAUACAUACAGUGGACACUUUUAACGGAUUUAUUUCUUUUUUGUGUGUGUCUUUUGUCAAGAGGCUACGUCGUGUGAGCUGCCCCGAAACUCUGGAGCGAGGUGCACAUCCUGCGAGGAGAAGGAGGGCGAUGGUGGGAAGAAUGGACAAAAGCUACAAGUAGCGCAGCUGUAGAGCUGUGCAGUAGGACCAGCGUGUGUGGCUGAGGGCGUGAGAGGGCACGCGUCACCAUGACGAUGAAGGGCUUGUCCUCCAGCUGCAGCCACGCCCCCCCCCUCGCGCACCGCGACCCCUCCUACGACUCCCUGGCCCCGCGCCCCGUGCGCCACCCGUACCUCCUCCCCCAGGCCGAGGCCCUGCCCGCGGACCACGCCUACCGCGCCGUCCGCCAGGCCGAGGCCCUGCCCGCGGACCACGCCUACCGCGCCGUCCGCCAGGCCGAGCUGGCCAGCAGUACGUUCCCCCGGCGGCGCGCGCUGAAGAGCGAGCCGGCCGCGGCGGCAGAGUGCGCAGGGCCGUCCGGGUGCGCCCCCUGCGGGCCGCCCCUGGCCGAGCAGUUUGAGCGGCAGCGGCCGGUGCGGCGGGACGGCUACCACACGCUGCAAUACAAGCGCGCGGCCGCUCUGGAGCACCAGCGCGCCGACAGCCCCGGACGCAUCCGCCACCUCGUGCACUCCAUGCAGAAGCUCUUCACCAAGUCCCACUCGCUGGAGGGGCCAGGCCAGCGCAGCCCGAACGGGGGCGAGGCCGUCGGCGCCACGCCCGCUGAGGCCCUGCCCACCGCCCCGGCUGCCGCCCACCCCGACGUCUCCGCGCCUGCCCGGGCGCACAUUGCCAAGCGCCCCAAAAGCAAGGAGAGGAGCCGCUCGGAACCCAAGCCCCACGCGCGCACGUCGGCCUCGGGGUACUGGAGCUCGGACGACACCCUGGACCGAGACGUUUGCCUCCACCAUCAACACCAUCACCACCACGUGCACCACCAGCCCUCGGGGAUCAUGACCAUGGGUCGCCACCCGGGCAAGCCGCACUACUUCCUGGAGCACACCUACAGCACGCUCGGAGGGGGGCGCGCGUCCCUGAAGACCUCGAGAAGCAAUAACGACGUGGGCGCGUGCGCUGCCUGCUCGGCGCCACCAGGGGGCGUCAGGGCAGAGCACGGCAGGCCAGUGGUGAAGAAGAACUCGUGGUCCAGCACGCUGACGGUGAGCAGGGCUCGGGAGGUCUACCAGAAGGGGCCGCUCAAUGCGGAUAAAGCGCUGGUCAAAGCACAGACCUGCCAACAGGGACGAACCUGCCAGUUCCUACAGGUACCUCAGGACGAGUGGAGCGGGUUCUCUGCUCUGAGCCGGGACGAGGAGAUCCCGUGCAGACGCAUGCGUAGCGGCAGCUACAUGAAGGCCAUGGCGGAGGAUGACAGCGCCGAGUCAGACUGCAGCCCCAGGCCCUCGCCCAAGGCACAAGCGCGGAGAGCCAGCUACCUGAGAGCCACACAGCCCUCGCUCACGGAGAUGACCACGCUCAAGAUCAGCACAGAGACCCACUCUCCCAAACUGCAGAUUCGGAGCCACAGCUACCUGCGAGCGGUGAGUGAGGUGUCCAUCAACCGCAGUUUGGACAGCCUGGACCCAGCAGGCCUUCUGGCUUCGCCCAAAUUCCGCUCCCGAAACGAAAGCUACAUGCGUGCCAUGAGCACCAUCAGCCAGGUGAGCGAGGUUGAAGUGAACGGGAAGAUCGAGGCCGUGUGUGAGAGCGUCUUCAGUGAGAUGGAGUCCCAGGCUGUGAAAGCCCUGGACCUGCCUGUUUCCGGAAGCUUCCGCAUGCGCAGCCACAGCUAUGUGCGCGCCAUCGAGAAGGGCUGCUCACACGACGAAGACAAGGAGGAGGAGGGUGGGCGUGUAGCACGGCAGACCAUCUCACCACCCCGCACCACCACCACAGUCCGCACUAUACAGAGCAGCACAGUGGCGUCAUGCAUCACCACCUACAAGAAGGCCCCGCCUCCCGUCCCGCCCCGGAUGGCACCCACCCGGCCGUACAUCUCCAUCACCACGCAGAGCAGCACGGAGUCGGCGCAGGACGCUUACAGCGAGCUGGGCGGCGGCGGCGGGGGUGGGGCUAGCCGGGCUCUGGCCGCCGCCCAUCCCAACCUCAGCAACUCCACGGAGAGCAUUGACAGCAUGAAGGCACUCACAGCGGCCAUCGAGGCGGCCAACGCCCAGGUCCACGGGCCUGCCAGCCAGCACGUGACCAACAGCACCGUCACAAUAACCGCAGCCAAGACCACAGCUAACAUCACCCACGUAUCUCAGGACGGCAAGAGAGACACGCUGAGGAAGUGUCUGUCCAUAGGUGUACAGGUGGAUGGUCCUGCAGAGACUGCCGGGUCAGAACACUGCAAGUUUCAGUCAGUGGGCAUUCAAGUAGAGGAGGAGAGAUGUUACCGCAGAGUCACCCGCUCCGACAGCGUCAGUGCCGGUGUGCAGGCCGACCUGGACUUGGUGCAGGAGGGGGGCGGCGAGCCGGCCCACCCCACCCAGGCCAGGCCCCUGGACCCCACCCCUGCUGCUCGCCAGUUGUCCCGGGACGCGGCCACCUCCACGGUCAGCAUCCAGGGCUCAGGGAAUCACUACCACGCCUGUGCCCAGGACGACUACUCAACGGUGGGCUUCGACCCGUCCGUGUUACCCCCACCCGAGCCGUGGAUGGACCCGGGGACGGCCGAAGAGGAGCCAUGCCUGGGGGGCAGGGCUGGGGCCACCUCGCCGUACCCCAGGGACGGACGCUGGUUCCUCAAGCUGCUGCAGGCGGAGGUGCAGAGGAUGGAGGGAUGGUGCCAGCAGAUGGAGCAGGACGAGCGCGACAAUGAGCUGCCCGAGGACAUUCUGGGGAAAAUCCGGAGUGCAGUCGGUAGUGCUCAGUUGCUGAUGUCACAGAAGUUCCAGCAGUUCCGAGUGCUAUGUGAGGAGAACCUGAACCCCAACGCCCACCCACGGCCGGUGUCGCAGGAUCUCGCAGGAUUCUGGGACAUGCUCCAGCUGUCCAUUGAGAACAUCAGUCUAAAGUUUGAUGAGUUACACCAGCUCAAAGCCAACAACUGGAGAUCCCUGGAACCACCUGAGCAAAAGCAGAGGCGGUUACCUCCUCCGGUGCCGAAGAAGCCGGCCAAGUGCGCCGCCCUGCUGGUGAGGGACCGCUCCCUGGAGGGCUCGCAGCGGCAGGAGGCGCGCAAGCGUCUGCUGGCAGCUAAACGGGCGGCCGCCACGCUGCGGCAGAACUCUGCCGGCGAGUGCACAGACAGCAUCGAGAUCUACAUCCCAGAGGCCCAGACGCGUCUCUGAAACGCCACGGGUCACACGCACACCUACACACAAAAGCACUGAAAACAGUGACCAAGGCAGGGUAGCUGUAAUCUAAUCACUGCUCUCUCUCUCUGCUUCUGUAAGAGAGGAGAGGUUUUACACUGUGGAAUUCUGGGAGUUUGGGACUUGCUCACUCAGAUCUAGCCAACUCACUCCUUUGUUGGCCUCCCAAAGACAGUUUCCAAACUUGUAGCAGCCAUUUUAGGUCAUUCAGUUGUGUAAGCGUAUAUACAUAUCCACCAUAAGAAAAGUUUUAAAACAUGCUACCCCAUUAAAAAGCCAGCACAGCAAUCAAAGGUUUUCACUCAUAUGCAGCUUCAGUGUGUGUGUGUGUGUGUGUGUCGCCCUGUCUCCUGGGACUGGGCGAAACUCCCGCUAGCUUCUCUCCUUUCCCCUUUCUAGUUACCUCCCUGUCUUAAGUUCCCUUUCUGCCUGCAGACCUCCACCUUCUCCAGUGCACGCCUAACGCCCCGCACUCGUCUCGCUCCUCCGCUCCUCCGUCUCUCGCCCUGCUGCAUCUCCUUUCUUCCUC